GGAUGAAACUCCAAAUUUCGUUGAAUCAAGCUCUAUUUCUUUCGAAAUCUGGCUCUAUGUAAUCUUCAUAAUAAAUCCAACACCAGCUACCAGCGGUAUUUCGUUUUCUGCUACAGCAUUUCGAAAUGCUAUUUUCAGUGUAUUACCAGCGAGGUGGAUAAUAUUCUAA